CACUUGACUGAGAGAGCAGUUAGUAAGUCAGUGGUGGUAAAAGCGACUCGACUUAGUCUUGCACAGGUAUUCCUCUGAAUCGCGUGUGUUCUUCACCUUGUAGUGGGUCACUUGGACGUGCGCUGCAUUUUUGUGAACUGUGCCUUUUUUCUGGAUUUUUCCGGGARCYGAAACAGGUGUAAAUAUGUGAAUUAUGGCCACGAUUGAUAGUGGGACGGAGACGCUCUUUUCCGACGACGACGCCUCCUGCGAGCUGGUGGGCUCACCGAGUGUGUGCUAUGGGGACGAAGGACACUUCGAGGAGGUCAACAGACUCGCGCCUCCGAACAUACAGCCGUUUAGCGGCGUUUUGGAAAAGGGUAAGGUAGUGAUUCGACCGAUCGCUUUUAAACCUGCAGCCAUGACACCUGCGGCAAGAUUCGGUUUAGCAGGAGAACGAUACGGAUCAACGCCUAUCCUCACAAGACCUGGUUCACGCCUGACUCUCUAUGGAAGCAGCAAUGAUUUGCGACAACCCACCGCCAGUUCCAACUACUCCCUUGACCGAAAAUUGCGCUCUUCGUGUCCUUCGGCCUCCUCCUCGCCGCCGCUUGCCAUGAGCUCGCUGACGUCGCUUCCGCAUAAGCUUGUUAAUUAUGAUAGCUUGGAAAGUGUGAGGAAAUCACCCGUUUCCACAGCUGAUGGCUCGAUGAUGAACAAAGCGUCGUAUCGUCUCUCUGGCGCGGGCGGCGGAAGUCUCCUCGACUUGACGCCGUCACCCUCCGACUCGGGAGUGUCCGAACUGGAGGCGGCCCUCCGCGACCGCGACUCCGAACUCGCCUACCUCCGCCAAACCAUGGAGCACAACGAACAAGUCAUUUUCCGGGUGUACCAAGAGAAGGAGAAAGUCUGGGAGCGCGAACUGAGACGAAUGAAGACCCUCCACGAGAACCGGCUCAGAGCCAGUGCUCAGAAAGCGCUCAAACUCGAACAGAUGCUCAUGAUGCAGACCUACCAGUUGCAGCAAGACAAGAAGCGGCUCAGUGCUGAGACACAAAGGGCCAAUUGUCAGACUGAGAGGCUGAAACAGGAGGUGAAUGCGCUCAGGGGGAGACUGGAGGAGACCGAGUGGGGGCUGUGCCAGAAAACCGGCGAGAUUUCACUCUUAAAGUCACAGUUGAAGGACUAUCAAGGUGUGCCCCAGAGGAAAAUGUCAUGUAAAAACGAGCAAACUUCCAAAUGCCAGGAACUCCUGCAACUCCGCACCGAACAUCGCGACUUCCGCGACCAACUCGACUUGCGUGAAGCCCAAAUCUCCCAAUUGCAACUCCAAUGCGAGGAGAAAGACGCCGAAAUCAAAAAGCUCAAAGAAGAACUCGCCAAGGAGUUGAGCGAAGAACUCUCCGACAUGUCCCUCGGGAGUGUUGAAUCCCUCAAACAGGAAAUUGCCACCAAAACGAAGGAUUUUGAAAAGGAGAGAGUGGUUUGGGCCCAGGAAAAGGAGAAAGUUUUGCGGUACCAGAGGCAAUUGCAGAUGAAUUACGUGCAGAUGUAUCGGAGGACGCGAGCCUUGGAGGCCGAAGUUGAGAGUUUGACGAUUGAACUCGAGUUGGAUAAAACGGGGAAAAAGCAAUUACCCCCCGGGGAUUUGACGCAAACUAUCGAAUUGUAAUAACGUAUUUUUUCUCGUGUAGAUCGUUUUCUACAUUCCGAGUUAAAAGUAUUCUUAUUUUUGCACUAGAAACAUGAUUAUUGUAGGCUUAAGGAUGACAUGUGAUUCUCUUUCUCAUUAUUUAUUACCCACUCAUUGUAUAUAAGUAUUAUCAGCUAUUUUACGUAAUUUUUACCAUUAUUCCUAUAGGUUCUAGUAUUUAAUUAACAUUGUUGCGUGUAAAUACAAUAAAAGUGUUAUUUAAAA